GGUUGAAGUUUCAUGAUCAUGCUGAUCAUGAUGACUUGGAUUUGAUGCGAGGGUGAUUCUCCUCCACGGCUUAUUCGCCCUCCGGGUCUUAACGUGACAAUUGUACUAAGUUUUAUUGCAAACUAUGUUGAUAAAUCCCAUAAGUCCCAUAUUUCAUUCGAAAUUUUGCAUUUAAGGAAGGAAACUUUAGCAGUCCUCGGCAUACUAUUGAAACUUUAUAAGAUUUCUUUCUCUUGUUGACUUGUCAUUCAGUUACCAGUCAUAUCUGAUAAGUAUCAUAACAAUUUUGCUGAUAAAUAAUAUUCUCCAGUUUAGCUCAAGGAAACGUUAUCAAAGAUGCCAGGACUCGACGAGACCAACAACGAAAGCUACAGAUACCUGAGAAGUGUCGGAAACACCUGGAAGUACAAUGUCGAGGACCUUCACCCCAAGAUGUUGGAACGUCUGUACAAGAGGUUCGACACUUUCGAUCUCGACACUGACGGCAAGAUGAGCAUGGACGAGAUUAUGUACUGGCCCGACAGAAUGAGACAGCUGGUCAACGCUUCUGACGAACAGAUUGAGAAGAUGAGAGCUGCCUGCGACACCUUCUUCUUCCACAAAGGAGUAAACCGAGACACCGGUCUCGCACGAGAGGACUGGGUUGAAGCUAACAGAGUCUUCGCUGAAGCCGAGAGAGAAAGGGAACGACGUGGAGAAGGAUCUUUGAUUGCCCUCCUCUCCAACUCUUACUACGAUGUCCUGGAUGAUAGUGGUGAUGGUACUGUCGAUGUCGAAGAGCUCAAAACAAUGAUGAAAGCCUUUGAUGUACCCCAGGAGGCUGCCUACACCUUCUUCGAGAAGGGUGAUACUGACAAGACCGGAAAGCUGGAGCGACCUGAACUGGUCCAUCUCUUCAGAAAGUUCUGGAUGGAGCCAUACGAUCCCCAGUGGGAUGGUGUCUACGCUUACAAAUACUAGAUCGUAUUCACUUGGAACUUGAUGAUAUCUUACCUGGAAUGGACUUGAAUUCGUGAUCUGUAAACGAUCUUGGAACUUUCCUUUUUUUGUUUUCGAUAUUUUGUUUUCUAAAGUUUAAACUCACAUCAAACUUACCUUGUAUUUUAGUAUUGAAAUGUUUUGUAAUUAAUUAUAAUCAUCACUUAACUUGGGUAUGAUAAUGAAUGUUAGACUUAUACUUUACUAUCAUCUCAAAUGUUACAUUUGAAUUGAAAACAAAAAUACGUUGUUUGAUUGUCUUAUCACUCUUAAUCGACCAAGCAAGUCAAAGAUAAAAUAAAAUUAACAUAGUUGGUUCGUACCCUCGAGUUUCGCCGUCCGUAUGCAAGAGUACUUUUGAAACUUCUGACGUGAAUUUUUCCACUAUUUUCACGCGAUUUAAACGAGUUUUUAAAAAGUUUAAAAUGUUUAAUUUAUCAUCAAGAUAAAGUUAAAGAUAUUAAGCGGAAUCAAUGGACAUCUCAUUAUCAGAUUCACUGUCUUCAGCAGUAGUGUCUAUGUGUUCUGUCUUGUCAACAAUUUUAAAGCUUAACGUACCCUAAAUUCAAUUUUUCGUACCGCAAGUACCCUGCUGUUUUUACGUACCCUAUAGUACGGACCAACUAUGAAAAUUAAGCUUAAUCUUCCAUUUCACUUUUAACAUUAGUCGCAACUAAGAAGCAUUGGCUCCCCCCCCCCCCCUCCCAAGCAUUUAACCUUCUCGCAUAUUCUGAUAUUAAAAUUGUGUAAAAUUAGUUCACAAUCUCUUUCCCGGUUAAUUUUAUUGAAAAUUACAAUUUAUUUUGACAAAAUUAACAACCAAAUGUUAUGUAGCUAAAGUGACCAGGCCAACAAGAUGCCAGGACUCGACGAGACCAACAACGAAAGCUACAAGUACUUAAGAAGCGUGGGUAACACCUGGCAGUACAAUGUCGAGGACCUUCACCCCAAGAUGUUGUCCCGACUCUACAAGAGGUUUGACACUUUCGAUCUGGACAGUGACGAGAGGAUGGAGAUGGAUGAAGUCCUGUACUGGCCCGACAGAAUGAGACAGCUGGUCAACGCUACUGAUGAGCAGGUUGAGAAGAUGAGGCAUGCAUGCAAGACUUUCUUCUGGCAUAAAGGAGUAGACCUAGAGCACGGUCUCCAUCGAGAUGACUGGGUUGAGGCUAACAGAGUCUUCGCUGAAGCGGAGAGAGAAAGGGGACGACGUGGAGAACCCUCCUUAAUUGCCCUCCUCUCUAACUCUUACUACGAUGUCCUGGAUGAUGAUGGUGAUGGUACUGUCGAUGUCGAUGAGCUGAAGACCAUGAUGAAAGCCUUUGAUGUACCCCAGGAGGCUGCAUACACCUUCUUCGAGAAAGCUGAUACUGACAAGAGUGGAAAGCUGGAGCGAAAUGAGCUGGUCCAUCUCUUCAGAAAGUUCUGGAUGGAACCAUACGAUCCUCAGUGGGACGGUGUUUAUGCUUUCAAAUAUUAAAUAGUAUCUGUUUAAAACUCGAUGAAAUCUUUUCCGGCAGUCAAUUUUAUAUAUUUUUCUGUAGGAGAAGAUUUUAAAAUUUUUCUUCUGGAUUUUGUUAAAGUUUAAAACUCAAAGCAGAUGAUUUAAUCAUAAUGAUUGGUAACGUGUAUUCGAUUUAGAAUGAAUUUUGGAUUUUGUGAUGAAUACCAUCACACGCAUAU